AGAUUGAUUCACAUGAAUCACUCAACUCAAAUCACCAAUGGCAUUAACAGCGCCACCCCUUACCGCCAAAUUCUUUCCAAAUCUUCACCAUCAACACCCAAAACUCACACAGUCUCACCAGCAAAGACUCUUACACACAAAAACUACCACCACAACCACCCACGACCAACAACGGAGAAAACAUGCACUGCGAAUAGUGAAUGUGGCGGCGAAAAACGGUGGAAAUGGGAGAAUUCUGUUCUCCGACGUGGUGGUGGCACGGCCGAGGGACGUGUACACGGGUAGAAAAUGGAAUGCUAUGGAUAUAGCGACUGCGUGUGUGGUAGUUGCAAUGCAUUUGUUGUGCGGUUUCGCUCCGUUUACGUUCAGUUGGCGAGCGUUAGCGGUCGCAGUCGGGUUGUAUGUGGUGACCGGACUUCUGGGUGUUACUCUUUCGUUUCAUAGAAAUUUGUCACAUAAAAGCUUUAAGCUCCCCAAGUGGCUUGAAUACACGUUCGCGUAUUGCGGGGUUCAAGCUCUUCAGGGGAACCCGAUAGAUUGGGUGAGCACGCAUCGGUAUCAUCAUCAGUAUUGUGAUUCAGAGAGAGAUCCGCAUAGCCCGAUUGAAGGAUUUUGGUUUAGUCACAUGAGUUGGUUGUUUGAUACCGAUAACAUUACAAUGCGGUGUGGAGAACAAAGCAAUGUCGGAGAUUUGGAGAACCAACCGUUUUAUAGAUUUCUUCGAACAACUUACAUCGUACAUCCAAUCGCCCUCGCUCUUCUUCUAUACGUAGUUGGGGGAUUACCCUUUAUCGUAUGGGGAAUGGGGGUGAGGAUAGUGUGGGUGUAUCACAUUACAUGGCUGGUGAACUCAGCUUGUCAUGUAUGGGGACAACAAGCGUGGGACACAGGCGAUCUUUCUCGUAACAAUUGGUGGGUUGGAAUACUGGCAUUUGGAGAAGGAUGGCACAACAAUCAUCAUGCAUUCGAGUACUCGGCUAGGCAUGGGUUGGAAUGGUGGCAGAUAGAUAUGACAUGGUAUACGAUUCGCCUUCUCGAGAUUAUGGGGAUUGCUGUUGAUGUUAAGCUACCAACAUCAGCUCACAUUCAAAGAAUGGCUUUCCCUUCCAAAACUUGAUCCAUAGGGCAGUUUUUCUUUUAAUAUUGGAUACCAUGAGAACCACAUAGGCACAUAAGACACUCUUACAUCGUGUAUAAAAGAUAAUUAGAAGUAGUAAUUACAUAACCGUUUAGAAGUA